GAAUGUUGAUGAAAAACUUAAAUCUAUAGAGAGCACUAAUCAUGGAUUCAAAUAGCAUUCCUUUCUUCUCGCCCUCUUCUUUCCAUCGUGGGGAAUCCACGAGUGCGAACAUGCUGGACAGUCCUUACCAUAUAAUAGGAGAAUCGCCCCUCUAUAACCAGACACUCACAGACUCUCCCUAUCAUAUUCCGAGCUCAACCGAAUCCCCCUUACACGAACCGGACCAAGCGCCCAUGUAUGCCUUGACUUCUCUCACGGGUUAUUCAGUGUCACUGUGCAUUGAAAAACCACCGGCACAGAGUGAAAGGUCCAAGUCUGAAAGGACAAAAAGAGCGAAAAACUUGACUGGCUUACAUCGAAAAAGGCCAUCCAACCGAAAUUCGGGGAGUGCACAAGUAAAGCGACGUCGUGCUCCAAAAAACACGAUUUUAACCGCUGGCUUGAAUGAUGCUGAAUUAGCUGUGAGCGUGACUCUCAGAAUGGAACGAGGCGCGAGUGAAAAGUUUGUUCAUGUGGACUGUGAUAACUCGGAGAACCACUCGGAAGAUUCUGACUACGAUUCUUCGGAUAUGGAAGAUGCGGAAUGUGGGAGGAAGCGGAGACUCUGUGCGAAUCACAUGGAUUUACUGUCGUCCCAUUAUGAGAGGUUGAAAGAAAAAUUUUACACGGAUAAGUUGUCGAAUAUUGAGAGCAGAAUUGAAAACGCGAAGAGUGGCAAAUGUGUACAGUACCUUGCACAGACCGAAAAGGAAGAGAGCAAAUACCACACCAGGAUAAAACUAGCCGACACUGUUCUAAAGUACAAGCGAAAAGCAGCAGAGAACAACUUCUGUGCAAAUGAGGCUUUCUUAGUGAAAGAGGCAGAUGAAAAAAUUGACCAUUUUCAAACUGAAAUGAGGACUUAUUUACAAUUUAAAAAAAGAGAGAUACACCAUUUUGAACACUGGCUCAGCGACAGUUCCGCAAAUGAGCUGUUAAUUAUGAGGUGUUUCGCUUCUCUGCACAAAAUUUUCAAUGCGACGUUCCCUUUGCCGAUCACAGAAAAAGUGGAGGACAUUUUUGAUCCUCUUAUUUUGCGUCAGUUGACGGAUAAAGAAAUUGCCGAAGAUUUGAGAAGAAUGGUAGAAAAGAAUGUUUCGACGACGACAUCCGCAGCAUCGGCACAAGUUACUCGAGCAAAAGUAAGAUUUAGAAGCUGUAAAAAUGAUGAACGAAAGAAAGUUUCUAAAGCUAAAAUUAAGGUAGAUACAGUUCAGAAAACUGUCAUGUUCAACGGCCACAACAUACAGACUUGGAUAAAACUAUGCGUGCAGCAGAAAGGUCGAAAAGAUUUUUACGGCUAUGCGAGCGGAGUUGAUAAAGAUGGCGCUCUGAUUAUCAGUUCGGCGGCGACCGUCAAAGGCAGACAAAGAACCAAUAGCGGUAAUGCGGUGGGCUCAAGUCAUAAACGAGUGGUAACUGUGGAACAGAUACACAACGAAGAAAUAUUGAUUAAACCUUUAAUCUAAAUAUUUAUUUUCGUAUCUCUGUGAACGGUUUCUCUUGGUUUAUCCUAGGUGAUGUUGAUUAGCUACCAGUUGAUUAAUAAAUGUUGGACUGAA